UCUACUCUAUUAUAAAAAAAUUAUCAGUCUUUUCUUUUCUUCACCAAAACCCACAAAAAUGGAGUCCUCCAAGAUUUCAGCUCUUCUUCUCAUUUGCAUGCUUUUCAUUUCCUCUGCUGCUCCAAUUCUUGGCUGUGGCAGUUGUGGCAAACCACGGCAUAAGCACAAAAGCCCUAAAAGACCAAAAACUGUUCCUCCAAUUGUUAAGCCUCCAAUUAAUUUGCCUCCUGUUACAGUUCCUCCAAUUGUAAAACCACCAAUCACACUCCCUCCCGUUACAGUUCCUCCAAUUGUAAAACCACCAGUGACACUCCCUCCCGUUACAGUUCCUCCAAUUGUAAAACCACCAGUGACACUCCCUCCUGUUACAGUUCCUCCAAUUGUGAAGCCACCAGUUACGCUCCCUCCUGUUACAGUCCCUCCGGUUACAGUUCCUCCAGUUUUAAAUCCACCAAAGGGAAGUGGGAAAAAACCUUGCCCAUCACCACCAGCAAAACAGGAGACUUGCCCUAUUGACACACUGAAAUUAGGGGCUUGUGUUGAUUUGCUUGGUGGGUUAGUGCACAUUGGGCUAGGGGACCCUGUUGUGAACCAGUGCUGUCCAGUUAUUGAAGGACUUGCAGGUCUUGAAGCUGCUGUUUGCUUAUGCACUACUCUUAAGCUUAAACUUCUCAACCUUAAUGUUUAUGUCCCCAUUGCCCUUCAACUCCUUGUUACUUGUGGAAAGACUCCUCCUCCUGGUUACACUUGCUCUCUUUAGAUCCAAGUUAAGUUGCAAGAAACGAUAGAAUGGUGUGGAAAUCGACAUGAGAGGAUGUCGAGUGUACCUUGAAUUAAUUUUCUUGAUUUGUAUUUGAUGAUGUUUGGGUUCUUAAUUUGUAAAACCAUUUAAUUAUUGUUGGUAUAAUAUUGUUGGAUGUGUGGUGAUUGGUCUUCAGACAAGGAAGCAAUGCAAGAGAUUUUCUUUAUGAUUUUAGAUUCUCA